AAAUACCCGCAGGGGGAGGGCGUGUCUUUUGCGUCCUACCGGAAGUGACGCCACAGUCGCGGCCGCCGACAGGUGGAACGGCAGGUGGGUUCAGGUGCCAGCCUGGCCCGGACCCGACUGUGGGACCGACGCUUCCGUUCCCUGCCCCCCCGGCGAGCUGAGCAGUUAGCUGGCCCACCUCAGCUCUCGGAACCAUGUUUGCAGACUUGGACUAUGACAUCGAAGAGGAUAAACUCGGAAUCCCAACUGUGCCGGGGAAGGUGACCCUGCAGAAGGACGCUCAGAACCUGAUCGGGAUCAGCAUUGGAGGCGGGGCCCAGUACUGCCCCUGCCUCUAUAUUGUCCAGGUAUUUGACAACACCCCAGCGGCCCUGGAUGGCACUGUGGCAGCUGGCGAUGAGAUCACCGGUGUCAAUGGCAGGUCGAUCAAAGGGAAAACCAAGGUGGAGGUGGCCAAGAUGAUUCAGGAAGUGAAGGGGGAGGUGACCAUCCACUACAACAAGCUGCAGGCGGACCCCAAGCAGGGCAUGUCCCUGGACAUCGUGUUGAAGAAGGUGAAGCAUCGGCUGGUGGAGAACAUGAGUUCGGGGACUGCAGAUGCCCUGGGCCUGAGCCGGGCCAUCCUGUGCAAUGACGGGCUCGUCAAGAGACUGGAGGAGCUGGAGCGCACAGCGGAGCUCUACAAAGGGAUGACAGAGCACACCAAGAACCUUCUUCGGGCCUUUUAUGAGCUGUCGCAGACGCACCGGGCCUUCGGGGACGUGUUCUCCGUGAUCGGGGUGCGGGAGCCGCAGCCGGCCGCGAGCGAGGCUUUCGUGAAGUUUGCUGACGCUCACCGCAGCAUCGAGAAGUUUGGCAUCCGGCUGCUGAAGACCAUCAAGCCGAUGCUGACAGACCUGAACACGUACCUCCACAAAGCCAUCCCCGACACGCGCCUCACCAUCAAGAAGUACCUGGACGUGAAGUUCGAGUACCUGUCGUACUGCCUGAAGGUGAAGGAGAUGGAUGACGAAGAGUACAGCUGCAUCGCCCUCGGGGAGCCCCUUUACCGCGUGAGCACCGGCAACUACGAGUACCGCUUGAUCCUGCGCUGCCGCCAGGAGGCGCGCGCUCGCUUUUCGCAGAUGCGCAAGGACGUGCUGGAGAAGAUGGAGCUGCUGGAUCAGAAGCACGUCCAGGACAUCGUGUUCCAGCUGCAACGCUUCGUGUCCACCAUGUCCAAGUACUACAAUGACUGCUACGCCGUACUGCGCGGCGCCGACGUCUUCCCUAUAGAGGUGGACCUGGCCCACACCACGCUGGCAUACGGCCUCAGCCAGGACGAGUUCACUGAUGGGGAGGAGGAGGAGGAAGAGGAGGAGGACCCUGCAGCCAGGGAGUCGACCAGGGAUGUGCGAGGGGCUGCCGGGCCCCUGGACAAGGCUGGAAGCUGGUGUGACUCCUGAGUGUGCCCUGCAGUGUGGAUCUGGGGGUAGGGAGAGCGGGAGGGCAACAGCCAGGAGCGGAGGCUGAGCCGUGCAUGAAGGUCUGCUGGCUUGGGGUGCCCGCCCGCCUGCUCCCCUGUCCCAGCAGGGCAGACCCGGGCUGUGACCUCGGACUUGGUCGCCAGCCCCUCCAUCUUCCUCCCCCUCUCCCCAGACAGAACAGGAGCUUGGUCUCUGGACCUGCCCUAGGAAAGGGAGGGCAGGAAGGAGGAGGGGCUGGCGCUGGCAGGAAGUCCAGGACCCACCCCUGGGCGCCUCCGCUGGCGCCACCUGGAGUCUGCCGGAGUCGGGCGGGUCGGACAGCCGAGGCGGGGCCCCAGGCUCGUGUACACCCUGGCCCCGCCCCAGCCCACACUCACACCUCGGUGGCCUUUAUUUAUUUUACUCUCCUGGUUCAGCCACUUUCCUGGGAAAGGGCUGGGCGCUGGGCCUGCAUCGAAUAAAUACAAACCCAGACGGCGCCAGGCUCUGCA